UGUGAUUCGAAACACUUUAUCAUUAACUCCGGCAAACUGACACACUCAGAGAGAGAGAGAACACAGUGCAGAACCUUCAAUGCAGGAACACAUAUCAACUUGUUUACCUUCAUAAAGAAGAAAGCAGUUUUUGUGAAUGUUGAAUAGCCACCAUGAGGCCCGCUGGUCUUUCCAUUUUCAUUGCCAUCCUCUCAGCCUGUGUCCUGGGGUGCGGCUCCAUGUGGCCUUACUCCAGACCGGAGUGGCAACAGGUUAACAUUGAUCGGCCAAAUGAAGUGGAAAUUCACUUAGUGCUUGGGCCAUCCGAUGUCUUCAUCAAUGACCAAGCUUAUAUUAGUUACGCAUCUUCUUACAUCAAAGGGAAAGCAGCUAAGGUGUGUGUUAUGAAAGCAAACAUAGACCAAAACGGGCAAACAACAUUUAAUGUGCUUAGCAUGCCAGAUGGGAUGAGCAAUGCACUUAUUGAGAACGCUGAUAGAGUCAAGAUUACCUUGAUUUCUCAUGGUUACAGAAAACUGGUAGAGUUAACAAACUAUGGUCAGAAACAUUUUGGCGUGGACUACAAUAUCAACAACAUGAAUUACCAUGAACUGGCUAAUGUGGUGAAGGUAUUGGUCAGCAAUAUGAAACAACCCCAAGUUGAAAUGCGAUUCAUUGUGUGCAAUGCUGGAACGGAUGCCGCAAGCAAUUACAUGACUGGAUUCAUGAAGGAGGUGAAUAAUAAUCAUCUAGGGUUCCAGCUCCAUAAGAUUGUGGCGUACGACACCUUGCUGUCAACAACCGACACAUUUAAUGUUUACCAAACCCAAAUGGGCAAUGUUCCUGAAAACCUAUUCUGGAGUUAUGAGCAAAAGGGCAUGGAACCUUUUCCUGCUGUCUUGGACCAUGGGCAAAUGACGAAUGAAAUUACCAUAAAAGAUCAAAGAAGAUGUUUGUUUACUUAUGAAAAUGGAAACGUGUUUCGCAGCCCCUUGCGAAAAAUUACUAAUAAUAAUAACCAAAUGGAGGUCGAUUUGGAAAGAAACAUAAACCAGCUUAAUGACCAAAACAGCUUUGGGGAGCAGCUAGAUAUGAACUUACAUGGUUGUUAUAAGAAGAGGCGACGACGCAGAAAUGUGUGCAAUUCAGAAGAGUAUGUGGUGAAGGACAAGUCACUGUGCAUUAAAGACGGUCAAGUGGAGGUUGAAGUGGCAAGCAGGAGGAAUCCAGAGGACACCCACCUGGUCUCCUUCCCUCUAGAUGAGUCCAGAACCUUCUACACCCGGCAGAUCGAAGAGAAUGCCAUGCAUCAGGGCAGUCGGGUGAAAGCGGCCGGUGGGGGUGCCUUGGACAAGAUCAACAGAGGCAUGGCGGUGUAUGGCAUUGUGGCUGGCUUCAUUGGGGCGGGGAAGUUUUUUGCAGAGAAUGAUACAGCCAGAGGUGCCUUCACUCUCACCCAGUCUCUACACGGGCUUGGGGGGCUGACUGGCGUGAAUCAACAGCUCUCCAAAAUGUCCCAGAACAUAUUAAAAAGCACCAUCAGUAAAGGGACAGAGAGAUUGGGUCUAGAGAAGACAUUGGAGAGAGUAAGCGGCUCACUGGAAAGAGUUCAGGAGAGUGCCGCUGGACAAUUUAUGAAGGACAUUCCCUUCGUUGGCUUGGGUUUCCAAUUCUAUUUCAUAGCUGAAGAUUCUGUAGCGAUUCAGACAAGCAACAACUCUGACCCAGAACAGAAGAAAUAUUAUGGCUUAAAAGUUUCAAACUUAGUCUUGGACGUGUCAACCACUGUGCUGACCAUCGCUGAAGUGGCCUUCCCUCCGGCCGCACUCAUUCUGGAGCCCAUAAUCAUUGGCCUGACCAUAGUUAGGAUGUCUCUCGGUGAUUUUUACUGCGAUGUUGUGAGUGAGCUGGACCGGCUGCCCAAGGGGGCUAAUGACAUACAGAAACUGACUGCUGUUUUAAAAGGGUUAGGGGAAGGUGCUUUGGAUUUUGGGACUGGAGGGCUGCUGAGACAGAUGAAAGAGGUGGAUGAAGAAUACAGAAAAAACCAAGAGCUUCUGCGGAAAUUGUUUUCCCCCGGUGCCUAUUACAGAAUAGUGGCCAAUGACGGUAACGUAAGCACCAUCGACCUGACGGAAGGGGAGCUCUCACAAUACGGGGGUUUGAUAACGGUCCGGCUGUCGAACCACGGCAAUGUCACCAUUCAGAUUGGAGGCAUUGAUGAUGGGCGAGGCGGGGUCAAAACCAUUGUGAAAACAUUCCACAACCCUGCCAUUCAGAGCAUCAUUCUUGGGGUGGGGGAGUCUCGCCAGUUCCUGUACACCCAGAAGACUGCAAACCUGUGGUGGGUCAUCCCAGUGCACUCCAAAAAGGUAAUCUGUGGAGAACUCCUGCUCCGCUCCUCCCUGUUCGGCACCUAUUAUGGGAAUGACAAGGACAACUCAUUCUUUGCCCUCCAUCAACCGUCAGCAGAGCAGCCUCCACCAGCUCCCUCAGACCCUUGCGCUUAUGGAGGCCUGGAUUUGGACUACGUGAUCCGGAACUACCGCUACACCAUCCACGGUCAUGGGGGGGAUGACAUUUUCUUUCUCGGGUCGCAGGCUUCGGUGCUCUCUGGCGGAGAAGGGAGGGACCUUUACGUCUUUCCCACAGACGGAAGCAUUUCCGAGAUUGACAAUUUCUCCCACGAUUUGUUUGAGGAUCACCUGUUGAUAAAAGCACCUUUCAGCCGCAUUGAUUGUAUCCGGAAUCAAAACGAUCUUCUCCUCAUUUACGGACAACAGAAGAAGCACCAGAUCACCAUUAGGAACUGGUUUACCCACAGUAACGUUGACUACUAUCAGCACAUGACAUUUCAGUCUUCUGAUGGCGUCAUGUUUAAAAUAGCAGACAGAGGACUUAUGGGGCACAAGUUCCAUACUAACUGUGUCCCGGAAACUCUGGACAACACCAAAUCCCAAAGUCUGAUAUCUCUCAGACUGGAGGGGGUUUACCAAAGUGUAAUCAGGGUUUUGGGCAGCAAUUUUAGUGACAGCAUUUUAGGCAACAAGAGGGACAACGUUCUCAAUGGUGGUCCGGGAGCAGAUGUACUUGAAGGAGGAGAGGGAGCCGACACCUAUGAGAUCUUUCCAGCAGAAGGCUGUGAUAUCAUCAACAACUACGCCACAGACCAGAAAGUAGACUUGGUGGUGUUUCACGUGCCCUUCCAGAGGAUUCGUGCAGAACUGCUGGAUGAUGGUGUUCAGGUGACAGACGAAAAAGAGCCGAAGUCAACGUGCUUCCAUUUGCAAAAGUGGAACACGGACAGACAAUAUCAACACUUGGCGUUUCUGUCUUCUGAUCAUGUGACUUUUUACAUCUCAAAAAGUGAAGACAGUGGGCUGGUAAAGACGCCGCUGAUUGUCGACCUCAGCACAGAGCAACAUGGCAGCACCGUCAACCUCAACAAAACUGACCAACACUUCCACACUGUGGUGACUGUCUUCGACUCCCCCUAUGAUGACAUCGUUGUCGGGAAUGUGCUGGGCAAUUUCCUCAGCUGCAGCGGGGGCAGGGACCACCUGCAGGGAGGAGGUGGCAGUGAUAAAUACGUCAUCAAGUCUGGCUGCGGAGGAGCUCAUAUCAACAAUCUCGCAGAAGACAAAUCUAGCGACGUUUUGUUUAUCCAGUAUGCCUGGGGGGAAAUCAAAACAGAGCUUCGAUUGCCACACCUUGUUUUGAAGGUGGCAGUUGUUAACAUUGAAGUCGUCCUGUGGAAGUGGUUCCAGGGUGAGAACUUCCAACACCUGGUUGUGCAGACUUCUGACGGCAUCAUCUCCACCUUGCCGCUCAAUGAGUCCGACCAGGACGUCAUGAGUCCCAUGGAAAUUAACCUCAGCAAGGAGGAGUGUAUAGACCAGAAACAAAUAUUUGACUUGAGCAAAGAGCCCUGGAGGAAAGUGGAAAGGUUCCAAGCCAAAUCUAGCAAGUGUUCAUACACUGUGAUUGGAAACUCUUUGGACAACUUCAUUGACCCUGGCAUUGGAAACAUUUACAAGUACCAGUACCUGCGGGGAGGCAAUGGGUCAGACACCUAUGUCCUUGGCCAUGCAUACGGCUAUGAGAACGAAAUUGACAACGAGGCAGGAGACAUGAAAAUGGACAACCUCUUCCUUCAGGUCCUCUAUGAAGACGUCGAAGUUCUCCUGGAGGGACCCCACAUUAUCAUGUUCUCCCGCUCUAGGAACGACUCGGUCCGUGUACGCUUGCUGAAGUACUUGAAGGGGCCGAAGUUUCAGCACCUCCUGGUUCGUUCCUUGGAUGGAUUUCUGUUCAAAAUCAAUGGUGAUUCUUACCCCUACAAGUCCGUUCUCAGCAUUGACAUGGCAUCCUCCACCAAGAGCUGCAACAUCAGCUGUGCCUCAUCAGGAAGUGAAUUCAAAAAUGUUUCUAGAAUACGUGGCGCCACUGCCUUCAGUAACUACAUCACGGGGAGCAACGGCAGUUUCCUUAUUACCGGGGGCAACAUGAAUGACUAUAUCCAUGGCCACCAGGGAAGCGAGAUGAUCGCGAGCUUUGGAGGAAAUGACAUCAUCAUCGGAGAUGGCGGGAAUGACGUCCUGGAGGGGGGAGAAGGGGAGGAUGAAAUCCAGGGUGGCGAGGGAGACGACUUAAUCUACGGGGGAGGUGGGGCCGACAGGAUUGACGGGGGUCCUGGGAUAGAUACAGUAUUCUUCAGUGGAGACGUGCGGACAGGCAGUGGGGUCACGGUGGACCUACACUCAGGCAGGGGGUGGGGAGCAGACGCGGAAAAUGACACCUUCACUGGUGUGGAGAGGGUGAUUGGGACAGAGUUCAACGACCUGCUGAUUGGCGACAACGAGGAUAACCAGCUGAUUGGGAAAUUCGGAAAUGACAGUCUGGUGCCGGAACACGGGUCAGACCUGCUGUGUGGGGGGCCAGGAAGAGACCUUUACAUUCUGGACGACAGCAGCGGAGUAAAACACAUUGACAACUUCGCCUCAGAUGGGAUCGAAGAUAGCGUUCUAAUUCGUAACUUCGCCCCCCAGGACGCCUGCUUCUUUACUUUAGAAGGAAACCUUGUUGUUUCUCUGCACUACCGAGACCCUCUUCUAAAACUGAUUGGCAGAGACUCGCUCACUGUGAUUUUUGAUAACUGGAGCAGCAACCGCUCGCUUUACCAACACAUCAGCUUUGCCUUUGCAAACAACACCCUGACCGACUCAUCCUACUUCAACUCAGCUGUUGAGAUUAGCCCCUCCCUCAAGGCUUUUAACUCAUCCCUUCCACCCUUCAGCGUGACACGUGCUAAUGAGACGGCCAUUGAAGUAGAAGACAUGGCUCUGGGGAGAGUAGGAAGUGUGGCAGAGUCAAUGUUCCGCUAUCAUUUAAAAGUGUCAGACCAGCUUUUCCACACCGACACUUUACCUUGGGGUAACAGCCCCUCAUUGGAAAUCACUGGCCUCCUUUCUGGAGUCCUUUACACCUUUCAGCUCUACCUGACGAGAUGUGAAGUUCCAGUGUUGGUUUUAUGGGAGGCAGCACAGAGAACGAAACCCAAUCCGCCAGUGUCUCUGAAAGUGCUGCACGUCACCCACAGCAGCGUGAUGAUAAACUGGGCGGCACCCCCUGUGGGGUCUGACCCCGACAGCGAGAGGUACACUUACGUGGUGCUUGUGGAAGAAGACAGUGGUGACCUGGUGGCGCACUUCAACACCAGCGACGCUAGAGCGGAAAUCCGCGACUUAAAACCCAAAUGUGCAUUCAGGGUCUUUGUGUCAUCGGUAAUAGAAGAGAUGGAAAGUCAGAAGGCUGUCUUCCCACCAAUAGAAACUCUAAGCAUAUGCUUUGGCUUCAUCGCCCCCAGUGGAAGCACUAUCGUUGAGGAGAAAAUGACAGCGGAUGGACCGGUGGCGGUGAUUGAGUGCCUGGAGGGCUACCAGCUGACCUCUAGCUCUGAAAUUCAAUGCACACCAUCAGCCCUAUUACUACACUUGAAUAGGCCCUGUGUCCCCAGAAGCUGCAUCCAUUGGGGCAAUUAUGUUCCUCAUGGCAGAAUUAUCUCUGUUAUCUGUCUUGGUGUCGACUUCAAAAGCAGAUGUCACUACGGUACUUUUCAACCCACCCCUCCGUUUUGCUGCAGUACCCCACCGGAGAUCAACAACGGGUUUCACCGUUCCCUGCAACACUCAAACUACAUUACAGUCAGAUACAGCUGUGACUCAGGGUACGAUCUUUUUGGGGUGUCCAGCUUUACAUGCCAGGUAGAAUCAGGAGAGUGGUUCCCACCCCCUAGAGCUGGAAUACUGCAAUGCAAACCAAGCCCCUGCCUUGCCCCUCCCCAGGUUCCUCAUGGUAAAUUCUAUUCACCUUCAGGUAGCACAAGGAAUUUCAAAGGGGACACUCUGUACUUGAGAUGUGAUCAUUUCCACCACAUUUCCUCUGAGGACAGCACCAUCACCUGCCACGGUGGUGACUGGGGAUUGAUAACCUCAGCCUGUGAGCCUGACUUCCAUCUUGUCAACAUUCAAGAUGGCCUUUAUGACUUAGUUGGCGAUAUCGUGGCAUGGAGAUUUUCCUUCCAUAAUAUUGAUCCCUACGCCAGGUUUGCCUGUGCAGAUAGACAGUUGGAGUUUGUAACACUGAUAGGGACUCCCAGGAGUCCACACGUGAAAUGUAGAAAAGUAAAGCUGCAGACAAGUGGCUCGGAUUACACAGGGAUCGUUGAGGGGAACGUGGACGAGGCCGGUUGGAGCAAAGUUUGUGUUGAAGACUCAACUGCCGCUAAAGCGGUCUGUGGACACCUGUUUCCUGGUCAUGAAUGGACAGCAUCAGUGAUCGACAGUGGAAGGUUUGUUUCUCAACAGACACACAUCUGCGAUGUCAUGGGAUGUAGGUUCAUACCAGAAACAUUGACCUGCAGCAAACAGAUCCAAUGCAGACAGAGCUGUGAUCCCUAUGACGUUCCCAAUGGCCAAGCACUUUGUGCCUCCAAUUUUGAAGGAGAAAAAUGCGAUAUAACGUGUAACCGACUCUAUAAUCUUGAAGUCUCCUCUCAGAUCCAGUGUACCAGUUCUGGAUGGUCAAGCUUUCCCUACUGCAUCGAGAGUGGGGAUUGUGGCUAUGACAACGAGAGUGGACCCCAUUUCAUGAAGUGCUUGAGCAAGCUUUGGGUUGAGGCAGGUUGUAGCCUCCAGACCGAAGGUUCUCCUACAAGGAACCCGAAAUUAGUAAGAUACUGGAACACAAUGACUGUGAGUGAGGUGAGGAGAAACAUGGCCGAAUACCCCAGUAACAACGCAUUCACUAUAAACACAGUGUGCGAGGAAGAUGAGGAGUGCUUCCCCGCCCAUGCCACGGUGCUCACCAGUGACGGAUCCAGGAGAACCAUGGCAGAGCUGAGCGUGGGGGACAGGGUGCUGGCGGUCGACGCUGCUGGCCGGCCCACCUUCAGCGAGGUCCUCCUGUGGCUUGAUCGGCGGAGCGGCUCAAGAGAGCGUUACCUCCUGCUGGACACGGAGGGGUCCGAGGAGCCCCUGUACAUCACACCUGACCAUGUUCUCUUCAUCGCCCCCGACAACGCAACAACAAUUGACUUGGCCAGCGACGCACGCAGGGUGCCGGUGUUCGCCAAGGAUGUCCUCCCGGGCCACCUAAUCUACCUGCAUGACCCCAGCACUGGAUCACUGGAGGCCAAACGUGUGACCGAAGUGAGCGAGGCAGAGAGCCUAGGGGCCUACGCUCCCCUGACUGUGGAGGGGAACCUGGUGGUGGACGGACGCCUAGUUUCCUGCUACACCCUGCAGUGCCGGCAGCAGCUUGCUCACCUCACCUUCAUCCCCUACAGGCUCCUCCACAUCCUGCGCUCUUCCCUCUCUGUCCUUGGGUUCCGGCUUCUGGAGCCCCCGAGGCAGGGGCAGGAAGACCAGGAAGGUAUGCACUGGUACGCGAACGCCUUGUACCAGCUGGGCCGGUGGAUGGGGUAUCCGUUCAGUGAGACAUGCUAUUCCACCGACCUGCUGAGCUACCACUACCCCAGACCUGCCACUGGUUCGCUGUGAAGGCUGUCCACCUAAACUCCUCCACAGUCAGAUGCCUCACUUAUUUGUCUUUCUAUAAACGAGGGUACCAGUGACAAUUUCCUACACUCAACAACUUGUUACAGCUGUUUCAUGGCAAUACAUGUCAUUACGUAUGAUAUAACAGGGGAUCAUAGUUAUAUUCAAUCAAAUUGAUGUGUUGAUUUAAGUGUUUAUUAGUCCUUUAUCAUGGUUGGUGUCUUGACUGAAUUUGUUCAAAAUUGUGUGGCAUAAAACAUAAAACAUUGUUUUUUUCUCCUUG